ACACUGAGCAGAGUUUCAGUUCUGGCAGCAGCAUCCAGUGCCCUGCCAGCAGCUCCUAGAGAGGCAGGGGUUACUGACUGGCCAGCAGGCUGUGUCUGUGAAAUCAGAUCAACGGGAGAGAAGGAAGUGGCUACAACACUGCACACAAGAAGUCGGCCUGAGCUGUGCGGCGCCCAGGAGUCACCAGCAAUGCUGCUCUUCGUGCUCACCUGCCUGCUAGUGGUCUUCCCAGCCGUAUCCACGAAGAGUCCCAUAUUUGGUCCCCAGGAGGUGAGUAGUGUGGAAGGUAACUCAGUGUCCAUCACGUGCUACUAUCCACCCACCUCUGUCAACCGGCACACCCGGAAGUACUGGUGCCGGGAGGGAGCCAGCGGCCGCUGCACAACCCUCAUCUCCUCGGAGGGCUACGUCUCCGACAGCUACGCAGGCAGGGCUAACCUCACCAACUUCCCGGAGAACGGCACGUUUGUGGUGAAGAUUGCCCAGCUGAGCCGGGAUGACUCGGGGCACUACAAGUGUGGUCUGGGCCUCAAUAGCCGAGGCCUGUCUUUUGACGUCAGCCUGGAGGUCAGCCAGGAUCCUCGGCUCCUAAAUGACCCUGAAGUCUACACAGUGGACGUGGGCAGCACAGUGACCAUCAACUGCCCUAUCAAGUCUGAGGCUGCUGAGAAGAAAAAGUCCUUUUACAGGAUGAUAGGCUCGUCCCAUAUGGUGGUCAUUGACUCCACCAAAUAUGUGAGUCCCCCCUAUAGAGGCAGAACACGCCUUGAUAUUCAUGGUACUGGCCAGUUAAUGUUCAACGUUGUCAUCAACCAACUUAGGCUCAGCGAUGCGGGGAUGUAUUUCUGCCAGACCGGGGAUGAUACCGGGGCUGACAAGAAGAAUGUUGCCAUCCAAGUGCUAGCGCCUGAGCCCGAACUGGUUUAUGGAGACCUGAGGGGCUCAGUGACCUUCAACUGUGCCCUGCGCCCUGAGGUGGCAAACUUGCCCAAAUUUCUGUGCCGGAUGAGCAAUGGGAAAAACUGUGACAUUCUAAUCAACACCCUGGGGAAGAGGGAUCCAGCCUUUGAGGGUAGGAUCCUGCUCAGCCCCAAGGACAAGAAUGGCUUAGUCAGUGUGCUGAUCACGGGCCUGAGGAAGGAGGACGCAGGGCGCUACCUGUGCGGAGCCCACCCGGACGGUUUGCUGCAGGAUGGCUGGCCCAUCCAGGCCUGGCAGCUCUUCGUCAAUGAGGAGUCCACAUUUCCCCGCAGCCCCACUGUGGUGAAGGGGGUGGCAGGAGGCUCUGUGGCUGUGGUCUGCCCCUACAACCCUAAGGAAAGCAAAAGCAUCAAGUACUGGUGUCGCUGGGAAGGGGCCCAGAAUGGCCACUGCCCGCUGCUAGUGGAGAGCGACAGGAUGGUUAAGGAGCAGUACAAGGGCCGGCUUGUCCUGCACCAGGAGCCUGGCAACGGCACCUACACCGUCAUCCUCAACCAGCUCACCAGCCAGGACGCCGGCUUCUACUGGUGUCUGACCAACGGCGAUACUCGCUGGAGGACCACUGUGGAGAUCAAGAUUAUCGAAGGAGAACCAAACCUCAAGGUACCAGGGAAUGUCACGGCUGUGGUGGGAGAGACUCUCAAGCUCCCCUGCCACUUCCCAUGCAAAUUCUACUCGUACGAGAAAUACUGGUGCAAGUGGAGCGAGAAGGGCUGCCGGGCCCUGCCCAGCCAAGAUGAAGGCCCCAGCCCGGCCUUCGUGAACUGCGACCAGAACAGCCGGAUCGUCUCCCUGACCCUGAACUCAGUGACCAAGGCGGACGAAGGCUGGUACUGGUGUGGAGUGAAGCAGGACCACUCCUACGGAGAGACUGCAGCCGUCCAUGUGACAGUUAAAGACAAGAAGGUGGCAGGGUCCCGCAAUGCCAGCCCAGCGAAAGCAGACGCUGCCCCUGAUGAGAAGGUGCUAGAGUCUGGCGUCCAGGAGAUUGAGAACAAAGCCGCUCAGGAGCCCAGGCUUUUUGCAGAGGAAAAGGCGGUGGCAGAUACAGGAGAUCAAGGUGGUGGGAGCAGAGCAUCUGUGGAUUCCAGCAGCUCUGAGGAACAAGGCGGGAGCUCCAGAGUGCUGGUCUCCACCCUGGUGCCCCUGGGCCUGGUGCUGGCACUGGGAGCCGUGGCCGUGGGGGUGGCCAGAGCCCGGCACAGGAAGAACGUGGACCGAGUUUCAAUUAGAAGCUACAGGACAGACAUUAGCAUGUCAGACUUUGAGAACUCCAGGGAAUUUGGAGCCAAUGACAACAUGGGAGCCUCCUCCAUCACUCAGGAGACAUCACUCGGAGGAAAAGAUGGGUUCGUUGCCACCACUGAGAGCACCACGGAGACCAAGGAACCCAAGAAGGCAAAAAGGUCAUCCAAGGAGGAAGCCGAGAUGGUCUACAGAGACUUCCUGCUGCAGUCGAGCGCGGUGGCCGCUGAGGCCCAGGACGGCCCCCGGGAAGCGUAGAUGGUGCUGCCGCCUGCUCCCUGCACCCAUGACAAUCACCUUCAGAAUCAUGUCGAUCCUGGGGCCCUCCGCUGCCAGGGACCCUGCUGCCUGCCCUCACACCCGCCUAGGUUUUUCCUGCUGUCCUCAGAGGCAUACUGGUCCCCUCGUCAAUGACACUAAAGCCUGGUCUAAUUGUUCUGUUGGGGGUGAGGGUGGCGUGAGGAGGUCCCACUUGUAGCUUCUUUCUGUUGAGAGAAUCUCAGGUAUGGAGGAGAAGAGAGAGGUCCUCAGGUGUCCCUUGAAGGAAGAGGGACCAGGGUGGGAGAGCUGAUUGCAGAAAGGAGACAUGUAGUGCCUGUCUGCACCCUUAUCACGGGAUGGCAAUGGAAUUUUUCCCUCCACUCCAUUCCUCCCUCCUGUCCUUCCUCUCUUCUUUUCUUCCAUCACAAGAUUCAUUUGAAU